AUGUCUAUUCCCAGCAACUUAGUCAAUGAUUUGGACAGUCUCAUCGCUUUCACAAAGGAUGCGAUCUGCAAUCCCUUUGCCAAGGAGGAAUUCGCUAAGGCAGCGUUAAUGUUCGAUAAUCUUCGAAUGGGUGGUAAGCAUUUCGGAGGCAAAUUGGACGAUGCCAGGGCCUGGACAAACCUUCUUUUGCCCCGAUUUGUCCAAGAAUUUCCCACGGUGGUGAUUGAGAAACAAGCCACUCUUAAUGACCCUUAUGGGUGGACCACUCGAGAGAACCGACAAUUUGAAAGGGACCCAAGCAAAGCCAACUUGAAGCGGGAGAAGAUUCAUCUCAACGGUUCGAUUUUUAAAGAAAUGGUCGCGGCAGCAGGAUCCGACACAAUGAAAUACUUUUUCAAUACAUUCACAAUGGAAAUAACAAUGAUUCAUGAAGUUGCACAUGUCUUCUUCAGCCAGCUUGCUGAGGGUAGUGAUACCCCGCUUGGAAUGGGCCCAUCUUCAGCAGGAAUGGGAGAGGGUGGUGCUCACCUGGAGAUCAACUUGAUCGGGGCUAUUCUCGAUAGGCCGCCCAGACAAGCCGGGCGUCCUUUAUCGACUGGAGAAGUCGGUCUCACAGAUGUCAACGGCAACUAUUGGCGAAUUGAUGAUCAGCUCAUCAAAGAUUUCUGCCAAGGGAAGUAUAACUGGAAGUUGAUCCAAAAAACCGUUCAAUCACCACCAACGUACACACCAGGUGCAGCCAGCUCACAGCCUGCUACCACUGGUGGUAAACCGAAAGUCAAGGCGACUAACAGCAACAUUGAGCGUCACACGGUCCGUCUUACCAAAUAUAGUGGGAAAAACAGAUUCAUCUACCAAGCACCGCUUCAUCUUGUGUUCGACAGAGAUCAGUGA